AUGACGAUAGCCCAGGAAGCAGAGUACCUGGGCCCAGCUGCCGUCACCACUGAAGCCAGUCUGGAUGAGAGGACACAGGGGCAGGGGCAGAGACAGUGUGCCAGCCAGACACCCCCCAGCUGCAGGACCCAGAGGGAAGCUGUACAUAUAGAGAAGAUUGUACUGAAGGGGAUGUCACAGAGCAGGACAGACAGGGAAUACAAUUUUGAGGUGAAGUGGUCUGACUUCUCAUCCAGCAACGUCAGGAAAACACAGCUUGAACUGGAGAGCUUCUUGUUGAAGCUUCCCAAGGAGCAGUCCACGGAGUCGUUUGAGAAGGGCAUCCUCCGGCUGCUCAACCAGGGAGACAAGUACGAGAGCAGGGGGGUGGAGAGGAACCUCAAGGAGAAGUUUCUGUCGGCUCCACAAGCUUUCCGACGGACGAGGAAGGUCUGUGGCUUCUUCCUGUGUGAGUCCUCCUCUUCCUCCUCCUGCAGCUGCAGCAGAUGUAACCCUGCAGCUCUGUCCUUCAAGGAGGACGGUUCUGAGGCAUCCAGCCAAGAGGAAGUUGUGUAUUUGGAUCCGUACGUUCUGGGACACCGAAAGAAACAUAUCAGCAAUACACCCUGCCAUAGCGUUCCCGAUGCCAAACGUUCCCAGGGAGAGAACGUUCCAAAGGGGUCACACAGCCUGCCUGACUGGAGGAGGAAGACCUGCACGCAUCAACCCGACCAGGAAGCCUCUGGGGGCCCAGAGCAGCAUCAGGGCAGUGAGAAGAGGGGCAACCACCCUGCCAGCAUGAGGCAGCCACUGGGACCAGACAGGGAAAAGGGGAAGAAAGCAUACUUGGCGGCAAAUGGGAGCAUGGUGCCACCAGCCUCUCAGCGAGCGCGACAGUCGACAGGGAAAGACGGAGACUCCGGUCAGGAGGUAUACGGCGAAACCUCGUCUGAGAGCUACAGCUCAGCCUCCAGCCCCCAGCACCACGAACCAGAGAGCCUGGACAGCGAGGACGAAGAGGAUAAAGAUACGGACAGUACCCAGGGCCCAGCGGACUCCUUCUUCCCCUGGCAGGAGGUCUCAGGUGGGGCCAUGCCCACCAUCCACCACCUGGUCUCUGCCAAGCCUGUUGGGGAGCCCCCCAGCCUUGACUAUCCCCCAAACACCUUCAUGCACCCCCUGCCCUGCAUAUUUCCCAACGGUGCACUACCUGCCGAUGCCCCUCUGCCAGUCAUGCCCCCCCACCAGGUGGCAGCUGCCCUGGUAGACAACAAGGUGGUCGGAGGGCUGAUCAUGCAGGUGCCCCUGGUCCUCCGAGAGCCUACGUCCACCACCGUGCCAGUUCCCGUGCCAGGAGAUCCAGAGCAGAUGCCCAUGGUACUCCCAGGGUUUGGCUCCCUAGCCCUGGGCUUACACUCCCCUGGCAGCCCUGCCCUGCAGCCCCCGGUCCAGCACUUCAAGACAGCCCCUCCACAGACCACUGCCAGCUCUGAGGGUGUCACCACCCUCCCUGCCCACCAGCCCCUGGUGGAAGCUAUAAGUGUCAUCACCCCUGGUCCGCCCUAUGCCUCACCCCUGCAGCCUGCCUACUCCAACCCAGACCCUGCCGCCCCCCUAACCCCAUCCGUACCCCUGGGGGACCUUAGCAUCCCUCACAUCAAGCACCCAGAUGUGUCUCUUUUCUCGGGCCUGCCCUCCCUGUACCCUAUGGCUCCUAUCCCCACUUCCGUCAUGGCCACAGUAGGGGUAGCGCCUUCCCCUGGACAGGUUCAGGCGGUGGUGCCCCCGUCCGUACCCACCCACACCCCCGGCCCAGCGCCCGGCUCAACCCAGACCGACUCCGCCUCCUACGUCAACAGCACCAGUAACUCCGUCACCCAGCAACAGGCGCAACCACAACAACAGCAGCAGCAGCAGACGACUCACCAGGAACAGGCCAUGUGCUGCGGGGCGUGCGGUUGCCGAGGCGGCUGCGGCAACAGCCGUACAGCGCCAUCGUUUUUUUUCCCCCACCAGAUGGCGCCACGGCAGGUGUUUGGUGCGACGCCCAUCUUCCAGCUCACGUCCAUGUGCGCCAGCAACUACCUCAGCCAGCCGCCCCCGCAGAGCAACGGCCAGGCCCAGCUGACAUUCUUCCCCCACGCUCCUUACGCUGGCCAGACCCUGCUGCACACCCAUUCUGACCAUGUACUGGGCACCCAGCUAGGCUAUAGCCUCCAACAGAUGGUGUCGCCCUUCAACCGUUUCUACCCGCACAUGUACCCCUCCAGCGUGGGUAUGGUGCCCGGUUCGGGAGGCGGCGGAGGGGCCCUGGGGGGAGCGGUCGGCGCCAACAAGAACUUCGGCAACGUCUCCUGCUACAACUGUGGGGUCAGUGGGCACUACGCAAAGGACUGCAAACAGCCCUCUGUUGAUUCAUCACAGCAAGGCAGCUUUCGGCUGAAGUACGCUGCCACCCACUCUCCCGAAGGACUAGACAACGUCAGCUGAACACGGCUUUUCGUUCCGUCAUCUGGUUCCUUGGUCACGAGCGGUCCAAGAGAACCCUCCAUUUCAAGAGGGUUUCACUCUGAUGUUUCUCAGUCAUUGUCAUUGUUGGUUUGACCUUUUUAAAGAGCGUGUGUGAGGAGGGUCCUGAGUACUUGUGGCGGAGACGUCCUCUACGUCCCCGUCACAGCUGAGAGUGAAGCUGUCUUGUUUCCAUAGAGACCCCCCCCCCUGAUCCUUUAGAUGCUUUUGGUAUUUUGCACUGUAAACUGGCACAAGACAGCAAGCAGCUCAUGUUCACUAACUUAUUUUUGAUAUUAGAGUGUGGGAGCUUGGGAAAAUGACACCACGUCUCUUAGAGUACGGGAGCUUGGGAAAAUGACACCACGUCUCUUAAAGUACGGUAGCUUGGGAAAAUGACACCACGUAUCUUAAGAGUGUGGGAGCUUGGGAAAAUGACACCACGUAUCCUAGAGUGUGGGAGCUUGGGAAAAUGACACCACGUCUCUUAGAGUACGGGAGCUUGGGAAAUGACACCACGUCUCUUAAGAGUACGGGAGCUUGGGAAAUGACACCACGUCUCUUAGAGUACGGGAGCUUGGGAAAUGACACCACGUCUCUUAGAGUACGGGAGCUUGGGAAAUGACACCACGUCUCUCUGAGUACGGGAGCUUGGGAAAUGACACCACGUCUCUUAGAGUACGGGAGCUUGGGAAAUGACACCACGUCUCUUAAGAGUGUGGGAGCUUGGGAAAAUGACACCACAUAUCUUAAGAGUGUGGGAGCUUGGGAAAAUGACACCACGUAUCUUAAGAGUGUGUGAGCUUGGGAAAAUGACACCACGUAUUUUAGAGUGUGUAAGCUUGGGAAAAUGACACCACGUAUCUUAGAGUAUGGGAGCUUGGGAAAAUGACACCACGUAUCUUAGAGUGUGGGAGCUUGGUAAAUGACACCACGUAUCUUAGAGUAUGGGAGCUUGGAAAAUGACACCACGUCUCUUAGAGUAUGGGAGCUUGGAAAAUGACACCACGUCUCUUAGAGUAUGGGAGCUUGGGAAAA